UUUGGCUCGUGUGGUAUCCAUUACUCGACCACGACGAAUAACGUUAAAAUUUAAAUUAGGCGUUUAGAGUCUUUCAUGGUUCCCCUCACGGCAUGUGGGCCCUCCUGGCUUCAAGAAUUCUUGGAAUAACGGCAUUCGAACGGCAUUCUGCGCGUUUUAGCUCCUCGUCGAACAGGGAUGAUCACACUCGCAGACUUCUCUUCUGCGGCGCGCAGCUAUUCCAUGUUGGGAGGUCCCCGACAAGACUCGGCGAAUUACCAGCUCCUGAUCCCACAGUUUUGGCACGGGACUAUGGGCCAUAGCUCUGUCGUGUCCAAAUUUCCACCACGGCCAAUUUGUCCUGCUUUUCCUCGGCUUGCGAUUUUCGCGGCUGAUUUCAGUACUGAUCCAUUCAUCUCCCGCACGGUGGUACAAAAAAAUUCAUAACCACACUGCGCCACAAACGUACAUUGUACGCUGCACAAGACUUUUUCAGAGUGCACACUGCAGCGGAAAAAAUUCCCCGCAGCAGUCAUGCGCACAAUGGACCUGAAAUUACCGAGGACGACUUGCUUUAGAAUAAGAUUCGACGCAUAUCCAAAUAGCCACUGUAAAGUGUGAUACAAUUAUUCGAGCAAUUCGUUAUGUACAUUUCAAACUUGGUUUAUAUUUACACACUUGUACCGUAGAAACAAUUGCAGGGCAGUCCAUGGGAUGCCGGCGGAGAGAGGGAGAGAUAUCUACAACCACGAUGUGCGCGAGCGGUAAUAAAGACAAGGCAAAGAGAAACGAUGAUAAGUGAAUUUUCGUCUAGGCGAAUGGUGGAUCGAAACCCCAUCGGCGGGAUGCAGAUGUGCUGUUGACAGAUUCGUCAUAGAGCAGCGAAGAAGCCGCAGAAGAAGGCGAUGGGGUGCACUCGCUCUCGGCAUAGUGUGGUGUCUGGUACGACAGGGACUGCGGGGGAUAUUGUGGAUGCGGUGCGGCUAUCGAAUUUUGAGAUCCUGACGAGCGAAGGUCCGAAUAUGAGGACGCCGGCGUCAGAGAAUAUUGCGGGUAGGGCAAAGGCGAGUAAGACUGCUCUGCAGUCGUCCACUGGGACGGAUCGGAUGACGGUGCCCCAUAACCAUCCAGAGUGCAAUGGCUGGCUGCGGAAUACGGGGGAGACGAGGCUGUGUACGCCAUCGAGGGCGAAGAAUUGCAUGGGAAUGACGGCGCAGGAUUGGGCAGAGACGUCGAGCUCAUGUAAGCUGAUCGAACAUGCGACGGGGGAUAUGUAGCGUCGAGGCCGUAGCCGUGCUCGAAACUCGUGGAGACAGUCAGGCGCCGUUCAGUAGGUGCAGGGUGCUUUCGAGGCAAGGAUAGCGGCAGGCAAGAGCUGAGAGGCUCUAGUUUCAGUGGUGGGCGGUCUACCGCGCGCCGAGCAUGGUGCAAUGACGACAACACGGGAGAAUCAGACGGUGAGCCGCGGGACCUCGUCUUGUUGAGUCCGCGAAUGCGGCCCUCCUUGGCAUAUUCGCAGGUAAGCCCUCUUGCGAGGCAACGAGCGCAUGAGGGGUGAUCACCAGAGCACUUUGCCUUCCGUGUCCUACAUUUCUCGCAUGCCUGCGCAGUACGCAGUCUAGGGUGCUCUGGAGUGCGGUAGAAGAUCCCCGUCGUUGGAUCCAGACUGCCGGCGAGCGCGACGCGGGGAAGAGUAGUUGAACGCGAGGGUGGAGGUGGGGGUGCCUCGAAGGACCAUGGGAACGGGUAGUCGGCGUAGAGACUCAUGUUUGGGGAUGGGUGGGUACUGCU